UCGACCACAGCACCUUCCAUUCGUGCGUCGUCGUGGUAACGGAUGCUCUUCUGUUGUAUCGUAUUGUGAUGGAAAUUGAUGAUGGCCGUAUUCGCUUGAGUCCCGGAAUUCACAUUGUAUCCCUUUAUAAAUGGACUCCAGAAUUCAUUCCUAGCGAGCCUUGGUUUUGAGCCUUUUAUCGCACUACGUACCGUGGACAGGUCACGCGUUGACUUCCUGUCGACCUCUCAAUUCUACGCAUAAAAAGGGAUUUUCCCUGGCCAAAUCUCUCUUAUCUUUGACAAGCAUCCCAUCCAUUCUCGCGCACCAUGGGUCAAUCAUCAACUACUGCUGCUUCUCAGUCAGAAGCCCUCGCGUCUAAAGAUUCUAAAAUUGUCAUCAUCGGUGGAGGCGGGACGAUGGGUUCCUCGACAGCUCUCCAUCUCUCUAGGAGAGGGUUUACGGAUAUCAGGAUUAUGGAUGUUUAUCCCAUACCUUCCAGCAACUCUGCAGGAAAUGAUUUGAAUAAGAUCGCUGGUGAUGAUCAAAUUGGAACCUACGAGGGCGUCGCCGAUACCCUGUGGGAUGCUUGGAAUACCGAUCCUGUCUUCAAGCCCUAUGUCCAUCUUGUUGGCAAGUUGGAACUUACAGUCGAUGAAACCGAAGCGAAGUUCUUGAAGGCCAAAGUAGACAGAAUGCGCGCUCGGGGACGUACCGAUGUAGAGUGGCUGGACAACGAAGAGGAUGUUCGCAGACGUGCUCCUCAUUUGAAGAACGCCGACAUCAAAGGCUGGCGUGGGCUUUGGUGCGGUAGGGGAGGGUGGGUCGCUGCUCGUGAUGCCCUCGAUUCUGUGGGCCGGGAGCUGGAGCAAUUUGGUGUCAAGACUUCAUUUGGUGCAUCUGGAUCUUUUGAUUCAUUGAUUCUCAUGGAAGAUGGUAAGACAAUAAAGGGCGUCAAGGCCAAGAAUGGAUCCGAGUAUGAGGCGGAUCUCGUCGUUCUUGCUGCCGGAGCUUGGUCACCUGCCUUGAUAGACCUAGAAGGGCAGUGCAUUUCCAAGUGUUGGGUAUAUGCCCAUCUUCAACUCACUCCGGAGGAAGCUGCCACUUUGAAGGGGACGCCUACCGUUUACAAUAGCAAAUAUGGGUUUUUCUUUGAGCCUCGACCUGACAAUCAUCUCAUUAAACUCUGCAAUGAAUUUCCAGGCUAUACGAAUUAUCGAGAAUGGACCCCCUUUGGAGCCACUACGCCUCAACGAAUAUCUGUCCCUCGCUCACACGCUGAUAACCCAACCGACACGAUUCCUACAGAAGUGCUCGAAGAGAUCCAGCGCCUUGUCAAAAUGUGCCUACCGCAGUUUGCCGAUAAGCCCCUGAUCAAUCAAUCCAUGUGCUGGUGUACCGAUACAGACGAUGCGAACUGGCUACUAUGCGAGCAUCCCAAGUGGAAAGGUUUGGUGUUGGCUACGGGAGAUAGUGGGCACACCUUUAAAAUGCUGCCUGUGGUUGGCGGCCAAGUUGCUGACCUCAUCGAAGGCAAAAUGUCCGAGCAGAGAAAGUAUGCUUGGAGGUGGAGACCUGGAGUAGGCGAUCCCAACGGUACUGGAAGACCUGGUCCUUUACCCAAAGAUCUCUCGGAUGUGGACGGUUGGCGGCAUGACUAGAUGUACUGAUGGUUCAUAGACGUUAGGAGACAUGUAGCGUCAACGUGUUGUCAGCAUGGAAUUUCACUGUAUCUGUU